CUCAUGGGAAAAGGCGGAGAACAAUAUGGCGAUGGCGAGGAGCCGGAGAAGAAAAGAAGGAGAAUAGAGGAGCUGCUGGCUGAGAAAAUGGCUGUUGAUGGUGGGUGUGGGGACACUGGAGACUGGGAAGGUCGCUGGAACCAUGUAAAGAAGUUCCUCGAGCGAUCUGGACCCUUCACACACCCUGAUUUCGAACCGAGCACUGAAUCUCUGCAGUUUUUGUUAGAUACAUGUAAAGUUCUAGUCAUUGGAGCUGGCGGCUUAGGAUGUGAGCUCCUGAAAAAUCUGGCAUUGUCUGGUUUUAGACAGAUUCAUGUCAUAGACAUGGACACUAUAGAUGUUUCCAAUCUAAAUAGGCAGUUUUUAUUUAGGGCUAAAGAUGUUGGAAGACCUAAAGCUGAAGUUGCUGCUGAAUUUCUAAAUGACAGAAUUCCUAAUUGCAAUGUAGUUCCACAUUUCAACAAGAUUCAGGAUUUUAAUGACACUUUCUAUCGACAAUUUCAUAUUAUUGUAUGCGGACUGGACUCGAUCAUUGCCAGAAGAUGGAUAAAUGGCAUGCUGAUAUCUCUUCUAAAUUAUGAAGAUGGUGUGUUAGAUCCAAGCUCCAUUGUCCCUUUGAUAGACGGAGGAACAGAAGGUUUUAAAGGAAAUGCCAGGGUGAUUCUACCAGGAAUGACUGCUUGUAUUGAAUGUACACUGGAACUUUAUCCACCACAGGUUAAUUUUCCCAUGUGCACCAUUGCAUCUAUGCCCAGGCUACCAGAACACUGUAUUGAGUAUGUAAGAAUAUUGCAGUGGCCUAAGGAGCAACCUUUUGGAGAAGGGGUUCCAUUAGAUGGAGAUGAUCCUGAUCAUAUUCAGUGGAUUUUCCAAAAAUCCCUAGAGAGAGCAUCACAGUAUAAUAUUAGGGGUGUUACAUAUAGACUAACUCAAGGAGUUGUAAAACGAAUCAUUCCUGCAGUAGCUUCCACAAAUGCAGUCAUUGCAGCUGUGUGUGCCACUGAGGUUUUUAAAAUAGCCACAAGUGCAUAUAUUCCCCUUAAUAAUUACUUGGUAUUCAAUGACGUAGAUGGGCUGUACACAUAUACAUUUGAAGCAGAGAGAAAGGAAAACUGUCCAGCUUGUAGCCAGCUCCCUCAAAAUAUUCAGUUUUCUCCAUCAGCUAAACUACAAGAGGUUUUGGAUUAUCUAACCAAUAGUGCAUCUCUGCAGAUGAAAUCUCCAGCCAUCACAGCUACGUUAGAGGGGAAAAACAGAACACUUUACUUACAGUCAGUAACCUCUAUUGAAGAGCGAACAAGGCCAAAUCUCUCCAAGACAUUGAAAGAAUUGGGACUCGUUGAUGGGCAAGAACUGGCAGUCGCUGAUGUCACCACCCCACAGACUGUACUAUUCAAACUUCAUUUUACUUCUUAAGGAAAAUAAAUCUUCAUAUAAUAGAAAACUCAUGGAAAUAUCACUUUGUGGAUGCUAAGAAAUUUAAUUGAUUUCACUUUUAGCAUUAAUGUUGCUGGAAUUUGACUUUUUUUUUUUAACAUAUAAUGAACUACUUUUUUUAACUUUAUAAUGUUCCCUUGAAGACAGAUUUUGGGGUUGAUACUUGUAAGCAUUUACAUUAGUAAUAUGCAAAAUGAUGCCUGGAGAAAAAAAAAGAUGAGCAAAUGUUUUGUUUCUCUUACAAGAGGAGGCAAACACCCUCUUAUGUAUGAAUUUUGUUAUUA